CCGCGCCUGCGCACUGCGGCUCCAGGGAGCCUUGAUUUUGUCCGGGAUUCCCAAUUCUGCAGCACAGAGCGGAGGCAGCGCGGAGAGCAGGCGCCGACCAGGAGGGACUUACCGCCAGCAAGCACGGCCGGGACCUACCUCCUGACUGCCAGCUCGACCCCUGCAAGCCCCUAGCCCAGAGAUCAGAGGGCUGUGUGCACCGCGCGACCAUCCGCAUCGCUCCCCGUAACCACAAUGGGUAAACAGAACAGCAAACUUGCCCCAGAGGUGAUGGAAGAUCUGGUGAAGAGCACAGAGUUUAAUGAACAUGAACUGAAACAGUGGUAUAAAGGUUUCCUUAAGGACUGUCCAACCGGAAGACUCAAUCUUGAUGAGUUUCAACAACUCUACGUAAAGUUUUUCCCAUAUGGAGAUGCAUCGAAGUUUGCCCAGCACGCUUUCCGAACCUUUGAUAAAAAUGGAGAUGGUACCAUCGACUUCAGAGAGUUCAUCUGCGCUCUAUCCAUCACUUCAAGGGGGAGCUUUGAACAGAAACUAAAUUGGGCUUUCAAUAUGUAUGACCUGGACGGAGAUGGAAAAAUCACCAGAGUGGAGAUGCUGGAGAUCAUAGAGGCUAUCUACAAAAUGGUGGGCACUGUGAUAAUGAUGAAAAUGAACGAGGACGGCCUCACGCCAGAACAGCGAGUAGACAAGAUCUUCAGCAAGAUGGAUAAGAACAAAGACGACCAAAUCACACUGGAUGAAUUCAAAGAAGCCGCAAAGAGCGACCCUUCCAUCGUAUUACUGCUCCAGUGUGACAUACAAAAAUGAGCUCACGCUGACGCAUUUUGGACUGCACACAAAAAAAAAAGUCAAUGUUCCAUUCAGUUUGCAGCUAUUUCCACGACGAAAACAGAAAAAAAAAAAUAACAAAAAUAAUUGCUUGGACUACCUAUAAAUGGACUUGCUUCUUGUGUUUGAGACACUCGUGUGCAUGAGAAUGUCAUUUGCUAAAGAAUUUUAAAAGUAUAUACUAUAUAUAUAAAUAUAUAUAUUAAAAAAAAAAAGAAAUAGGAAAAAAACUGAAAAAAAAAUUGACUGCCACAAUGUGAAGUGUGCAAUGUAAUUUCAUAAGUCCCUGAAGCCUGUGCAUCAGUAACGUACUGCAUCAUGAUGCCUAUUUAUUGUUUUACUGAUGCUAGCUGUGUGUCUCUUUUUACGUGUUCGUGGUAGUGACACUGAUUGCCAUGGCGAUGUUACUGUUCCGACUAGCGCAUCUCACCUGCUGUAAAGUAGUCCCGGGCAGGGCGGAGGGACAUGACUUCGGCUCAUGGAUCUACCCCGUCCCUUUCACACAUGUGCUUGUGAUGUCGGUGAAUAUAUAUGUCAUUCAUUUGCAUGCCACUUAGGUUUGCCUUAAUUCUUACCUCAUUUUGCACCCUUAAUGAAUUUGGAAAGAAGCGCGUCGAGAGAAUCUGAGAGCGAACAAAACGCCAGCCCCACCGAAACCCUCCCAAAUUCAUUUAGAGAAAUAAAUCUAUAUAUAUAGAUAGAUAGAUGUAUGUACAUAUAAGCUGAAGCCAAGAUGAUAUACGUAUGUUUGUGUAUAUAAGUACUAUAUACAUGGGUACUCCUACAUGAGAUGCAUAGAUGACGAUAUAUAAAGAUGACCUGUUGAUUCAAUGGGAUUGAACGCAGUAUUGAAAAGUAGAUUGAUUUCAGAAUUUUCAAGAGGUUGCAAUAUAUGUCCCUAAAUAAAUAAUUUAUACCAUUUGACUCUUUUCUAGGUGGUGUCUAGAAUUUGUGUGCAGAACGUUACCCAUUGUCCUUCAUGUACUGAGACAUAGGCGUCCUACGUCUGAUCGGAAUUGUGGUCAAAGCGAUACAGACCCCCCCUUGUGAAAUCCCAUGUAAAUUAACCCCUGUAGUGCUGUCUGAUGACCCUGCUAUCAAGUUGCUGUGGACCGUGGCAUAGCCACAAUCCAAUUAUGCACUGCUUGCUGUUGAUGACGUAAGGCUAUUGCACUUUACAAAAUGCCUGUGACAUGCAGGCUGCUGCAUAGGGCGCAUCCCCGAGCCUCUCCUGUGCCUCACACCCCAUUCUGUAUUUUUCCAGCCAGCUGCUCACAAUUUGUAGUGAUCUAUAGGAGCUCUCAUAAGUGUGAUAUGGACUUGUACAUGGCAUCAUGGGACAUGCAGUUGAGCUACUGCAGGCUAGUUUAGGCGGGUGGUGGGAAUUAUUUAAUAUGCCUGCUGGAGUUCCUCUUUAAUUAGUUUUUUCAGCUAUGGUUUAUCAUCAUUGUCAGCAUAUUGUUUCCUGUUUAUAUUCUUAAAGGUACGCUUCCAACUGAAUGGGGUAUUUUUUAGGCCUUGGCUACACUGCGACUUUUUGUAGCGCGGCUGAUUGAUUUUAACUAUUGAAUGACAGCUGCAGUCCACAAGAUUGCAUUCAACCGGAUGCAUUCAUUUGGUCUACAGCUGUAGUUAAAUAGUUAAAAUCAAUCAGUCGCGCUACAAAAAGCCGCAGUGUAGCCAAGGCCUUAAACUCAUUCGGUCAGAUUUACUUUUGAAAGCGCGCAAUUAGCGCAAAAAAAAAAAAGAUGUAUAUGCCUUCACAUUUAUUAACAAUUUUGGACACCUUUUUCCAUCUCGUCUGACAAGAGGUAUGGCUUUGGUGAAAGAGGGUGUGGCUUUGCGGGAAAGGGGGCAUGACUUAAAUGCGCCAUCAUGUGCACAAAGUGCGCUCGAAAUUUGCGACGUUCUUUGGAGUAAACUAAUUCAUCAAAGUAGGUGGUGUAAAAUGACUGUACACAAGCUAAAGAUGCGCCAGAUGUAUCAUCCAGCAUCAGCCCCUGGGAUAAAUCUGGCGUAGUUUAAGACUGUCUGUCUAAGGCCUAUUGCACACGACCGUAGGUGUCCCGUGCCGGUGCUGCGGAUCCGCAAUACACGGGCGCCGUUCCGUGGGCAUUCCGCAUCA